GGUGCGCCCCGGCAGGAGGAGGAGGAAGGGAUGGCGGAGCGCAACGGGGAAAGGAGGGCCUCUCCUUUAAGACGGAGUAGACGGCGCCCUGCUGGCCCUGCGCGAGCCUCCUAACAGCCUGCAGUGGGCAACGGCACUCAGCCGCCGGGACCCCGGCUCCCGCCACCGGCGGCAUGAACCUCAGCAGCACCAGCAGCGCGGCCGAGAGAGUGCCCAGGGCCAUGCUCUGGGGCUGUGAGCUAAACCAGGAGAAGCGGACUUGCACGGUCAAAGCCCAGAAGGAGGGGAAGCAGGACUGUAAGCUGCUGCUCAGUACGAUAUGCUUGGGGGAGAAAGCCAAAGAAGAGAUGAACCUCGUGGAAAUCCUGCCGCCAGCCUGCCAGGAAGACAAGAAGACCAAGCCCAUCACCAUUGCCUCGCUUCAGGCCUCCGUGCUACCCAUGGUCGUCCUCAUGGGAUUGGAGCUUUCUCCUCCAGUCACUUUCCAGCUGCGGGCUGGCUCUGGGCCUGUGUUCCUCAGUGGCCAGGAACGUUACAACCUACCCUGGGAAGAAGAGGAGGAGGAGGAGGAGGAGGAGGAAGAGGAAAGUGACAGUGAGGAGGUUGAUGACGACGAUGAUGAUGAUGAUGCAGAUGUGUCCCUAGAGGAGGACACCCCUGUUAAACAAGUCAAGAGGCCGGCGUCCCAGAAGCAGACAAGCGUUGCCAAGGUGAGGGAAGAGACCCCCAGAGGCUCCUCAGAAACCCAGCCAGGCCUUUUGCACAGAGUGUGCCUGAGUGUGCCGAAGCCUGGGCAGGGCCGCCAGUUGCUCAGCCUGGGUGCUCAGCCCACGUGCCCAGCAGGCAUCCGCUCUGGCCCUGGGCCCCACCCUAACUGGCCCAACACCACUGUUUGGUUCCCAGAAAAAAAAGGUGGAAAAAGAAGAGGAGGCAGUGAGAACCAGUCUUAAAGACAAGAGUCCUGUGAAAAAGGCCAAACCCACAUUCAAACCUAAAAAGCCUGGAUCCAAGAAAUGAGGGUCCAGGAGGGUCCUGGCUG